GUCUUUCCUAACGUCCAUACAGGAAGUGGCGAAGACUAACGGGGAGGGAGGGCAGAAGAAUCAGGAUGUCUGACGUCCAGAGAGCGUUCCUGUGAUGAUGAUGGCAGCAUGUUGCUUGAAUCUACGUCCUUGCCAUCUCGAUUUACCUCAAGACAGGACAGGCGUCGUGACGUUUACCAUAGGUGAUUCGAUUGGUGCUCCUGCAAAAGACGUCCUCAGAGGAACACUAGUCGACCAGCCGUACGACGAUGUGUCCGUGGAAUUCCAGGGGGAGUGUAUAUCAUUGUCUCUGCAGUGGCCAGGUUACGAAUCUGACCUGCUGCGAAAAGCUCGACAGAGUUUCGUUGAAAGCAUGGUAGAUGAAAAGCCUAUCACCCGACAGGAGCUCGCAAUACAAAUAUGCUUUCUUUUUUUCCGUUUCCAUAAAAUGGCUUCCGUCCACAGUGAAGGAAAAUUUGGCCUCGGUGAGGAUGACGUCCGUGCGACAGAUGUUGUCCUCCUCUCCGUGCACUAUUGCAGACACACGAAUACAUGGGUCCCAGAAUUUGAUGUCAUUGAUCGAGCAGGUCUCGAAAGAUAUAAUUGGUUGCACCACAUCUGAUCAUCAAUUGUAUUACACACUAUCAUUGUCCCGCAACACGCACUCAUCCACUUACAAGUAUGUACCACAAAUAAUGUAUGAUAACUACUGCACCA